AUUCAGUUAAAAGAAGUUUUUUCAAGAAAUAUGAAGAUCGGCUUUUUUCUUGUUACUUUAUUUUGCAUAUCAAAUGCCUGUGAGGAUACUGGAUGCCCCGAUGGACAGUCUUGUAAUCCUUAUACGGAUCAAUGCGUAGUUGAUCCACCACCUCCAGCAAGACCUGCUGCAUGGAUUGGCGAUGAUCCCGACUUUUGUAAUAGGAAACCUGACGAUUGUAAAUUAUUUGCAAUGGAGUAUGAUAUUUCCCACCCGAAAGGAGAUGGUGAAUUUUGUGAAAAUGGAACAAAAAUUAGGUGCAUCCUACCAGAGCAUAAGCCACAGCUUCAAGCCACACCAGAAAAUGAGUUUAGAACUAUUUCCUACAAUCUGAUGGAAAGGAGUUUCCAAAUCACGUGGGAUGGUCAGAGGGAGAGAACUUGCAGGGUCGUUUUAUGGUUGCUUGAAAAUCAUCGUGAUGUGGAUGCUAUUACUUUCCAGGAAGCAUUUAUGGGAGGAUGUUUUUACGAGAGUCUCACUUUGAGAGAUAUGUUGGAAUAUUAUGAUUUUAAAUAUCAUACCAAGACCGUAGACUCUGAAGAUAAAGUUUCGAAUGGUGGAAUAUUCGUAUCUUCGAAAUGGCCGAUUGUAGAAGAAGAUAUGCACGUUUAUAAUUUAUCUCAUCCAGAUACUUGGGACUGGUUUGCAGCUAAGGGAGUAAGUUACGCCAAGAUACAGAAAGGAAACACAUUCUAUCAUGUAACAUCAACACAUAUGCAAGCAGGAGGAUCAAGCGCAAUAAAACCAAUUCAGUGUAAAGAAGCAGCAGAUUUUUUAAAAACCAAAGCUAUUAGUCAAUCCGAAGCUAUUAUUUAUACUGGAGAUUUCAAUUUGAAUCAAUGGAGUGAAUCUGGAAUGGGUUAUAUGAGACAAUGCCUUUCGAAUCUAGAUUCUGAAAUUCCACCGUAUCAAGGAUCGAGAAAUAUUACUGUUGAUCCAGAAAAUGAUUUAAAUCAAUUAACUGGAGGUGGUGGAUCAGGUGUUUGGAUCGAUUACGUUUUACCAAAUAUAGUUCAUAAGAGACCAGUCAGUGCUGUUCAAGUUGCCCUUAAACCAGUAGAUCCUGCAUCAUUUCCAGUAUGUUGGUGCGAACAAUGUAUUCCAUUAGAUCCUAGCUAUAUAUUUCCGGACGAUGAAGAUUGCGAUCGGGUUGAAAGACUACGCGAUUUAUCAGACCAUUAUCCAGUUCUUGGAAUCUUUAAAUACUAA